AGUAGCUCACUUUAGUUCCUGGGCCCAGGGCUCCGUGUGGGUGGCAGCAGGCCUCGGCAGGCACCUCCGCGCUCCUUCUGCUGCAGUCGCCGCAGCGGCCGGGCCCAUCGUGGUCUCCAGGGCAGCGCGAGGCCGUGGCGGUUCAGGAUGAGGCGCGCAGGGUCAUAGUUGUCGUCGUCGUGGGUCUGCGCAGCACGGCCCAGCAGGAGGUAGUCAGCGCCAGGGCGCAGGCGCAGGCAGCCGCAGAUUAGGUCAGCACGUGGCACCCAGGCCUCCUGGCCACCGCGGCGCACGGGCCACGCACGCUGUUUGAACACAGCCAGCACGUGCACGGCCAGCCGCCACCACUCGGGGCCCACCGCCUCAGACGGCUGCGACGACGACGCUGAAACCUGGGCGUGCAGAACUGAGGGAAGACACCACCUCAGGUGUGUAGCCAGAGAAGAGUGCUGAGGGAAGGUGGUGCUGAAGGAGCUGGAAACCAACAAAGCCUUGGAGUUAGAGAGCAGACCCCUCAGGUAAUUUCAAGGUCCCACCUUCCGGCUCUCAACACCGUGAAGUACCAGGCUGGACCCUUGCCAGCCAUGCCACCCGAGACUGCGUGGGACAGGAGCACUGUCGCCCCCAGCAGGCUUGAAGCUUGGUGGCCCCAAACAAGCCGGCCUAGAAGGAUCCAAGCAGUGCUCCAGCGACUCAGGGCCAUCUGCCCACCCCUCUCCACCUUCUACCUCUUCUUCGUGAUUUUCGUGGUGUCUACCAUCUUCCACUGCCACCGGCGCCUGAGUCUGGUGCCUGGCCCCUGGGCCUCGCCAUCCCUUGUGGUCUUCCCCCCAAGACACAUGCCCCGGGAGGGCAUGUUCACCAUCAGAGUCAAAGGCCGCCUGGGGAACCAGAUGGGCGAAUAUGCCACGCUGUUUGCACUGGCCCGGAUGAAUGGACGGCUUGCCUUCAUCCCUGCGUCCAUGCACAGCACACUAGCGCCCAUCUUCAGGAUCAGCCUCCCGGUGUUGCAUAGCGACACAGCCAAAAGGAUCCCGUGGCAGAAUUACCACCUCAACGACUGGAUGGAGGAGCGUUACCGCCACAUCCCGGGGCAGUAUGUGCGUUUCACGGGAUACCCGUGCUCCUGGACCUUCUACCACCACCUGCGCCCAGAGAUCCUGAAGGAGUUCACCCUGCACGACCAUGUGCGUGAGGAGGCCCAGGCCUUCCUGCGUGGCCUGCAGGUGAAUGGGAGCCAGCCAAGUACCUUUGUGGGUGUCCAUGUGCGCCGAGGGGACUAUGUGCGUGUCAUGCCCAAGGUGUGGAAGGGUGUGGUGGCUGACCGGGGUUACCUAGAAAAGGCCCUGGACAGGUUCCGGGCACGCUAUUCAUCUCCAGUCUUCGUGGUCACCAGUGAUGACAUGGCCUGGUGCCGGAAGAGCAUCACUGCCUCCCGAGGGGACGUGGCAUUUGCUGGCAAUGGCCUUCAGGGAUCGCCUGCCAAGGACAUUGCAUUGCUCAUGCAGUGCAACCACACCGUCAUCACGCUGGGGACCUUUGGGAUCUGGGCUGCCUACCUCACGGGUGGGGACACUGUUUACCUGGCUAACUUUACCCAGCCCAACUCCCCCUUCCACACGGUUUUCAAGCCAGAAGCAGCUUACCUGCCCGAGUGGGUGGGCAUCGCAGCUGACCUGGGACAGCCAAACACAGUAGGCUCUGGCCAUGCCUCAGCCAGAGCCCCCAAGAGGCACUGGGGGGCCUUGCUGUAGUGCACAUGCUCAGUGGAUUUCCAGUCCUGUCUUCCAUGCUUUGCAGCUGAGUGACCACAGGUCAGUGAUGUCACCUUACUGCCUUCCUGGUGCUCUGAGCACAGUCUGGGCUUAGCUGAGCAGCAGCACACUCGGGUGCUUUGAGCUUCUCAUUGCCCACUGCUAGCCACUGUAGGCCUACCAUUCGCUGCAUCUGGAGUGCUGUCUCAUGGAGGCCAGUGUGUAGCUAGGGUUUCUACAGCUCUGAUAAAACACCAUGACAGUAAACACGUUGGGGAGCAAAGAGCCUACUUCAGCUUACAGCUUACACUUCCACAUCACAGCCCUUCACUGAGGAAAAUCACAGCAGGAACCUGGAGGCAGGAGCUGAUACAGGGGCUGUGGAGGGGUUCUGCUCACUGGCUUGCUCUCUGUGCCUUGCUCAACCUGCUGCCUCAUGCCACCCAAAGGGCGUAGAAGGCCGUUUCUAGCACACUCACACUCACUCGCCUAGAGCACAAAACCUCUGAGCUACCUCAGCCCUGGCUGGGGACCUGGUUAUUGUCCCCUGCUCUGGUCUCAUCAGGCAUGGUGGGACACAGAGGCUCUUUAGCAGGAGGCAAGCAGAUGGCAGUGGGAGGUGUGAGAUGAAGGGCCCCCUGCCCUGCCCAGCUUCGUGUUUGCUUGGCCUUGCUUGAACAAAGAUACAAAUGGCUUUUACUUUGUAAAGCCCUAGGAAGGGCUAGUAAUCUGACAAUGGUAAUAAAUUCCACAUUCAUCCAGCAAA